UUCAGUGCCGUGAUAUAAUUGGUCCACGUCAGCAUCUAUGACGGGUUCACUAAGCAUCGGAGUUAAUAUAUAAAGCUCAGUUCUCCAUUCUUUCUCUUUCAGAUUCAGAAUUUCAGAAGAGAAAUAGAGAAGAAAAAUAGGAAAAUAUUAAAAAAAGGAAAGAGGGUAGAGAGAGAAGACCCUAAUCAACUGUCGAGCUUCGCAGCAAUGGCUGGUGCGUUGAAGAGACGCGAAUCUUCGAUUGUGUUCGGGAUCGUAUUAAUCGGUAGUUUAUUUGCAUUUGCCAUAGCCAAAGAGGAGGCUCCUAAAAUUGGGACAGUUAUCGGCAUUGAUCUUGGUACAACCUAUUCAUGUGUUGGUGUUUACAAAAAUGGACAUGUUGAAAUCAUCGCAAACGAUCAAGGUAACCGUAUUACCCCUUCAUGGGUUGGUUUCACCGAUGGCGAGAGGUUAAUUGGAGAGGCUGCAAAGAAUCAAGCAGCUGUUAAUCCAGAGAGGACUGUCUUUGAUGUUAAGAGACUUAUCGGGAGAAAGUUUGAGGAUAAAGAAGUUCAAAGGGACAUGAAGCUUUUCCCGUUCAAGAUUGUGAACAGGGACGGUAAACCCUACAUUGAAGUGAAGAUUAAAGAUGGUGAAACCAAGGUCUUCAGUCCAGAGGAGGUUAGUGCCAUGAUCUUGAUAAAAAUGAAGGAGACAGCUGAGGCUUACCUAGGGAAGAAAAUUAAGGAUGCAGUUGUCACUGUUCCUGCUUACUUCAAUGACGCCCAGAGACAGGCUACCAAAGAUGCUGGUGUAAUUGCUGGUCUAAAUGUUGUCAGAAUUAUUAAUGAGCCAACUGCAGCAGCAAUUGCUUACGGUUUGGAUAAGAAAGGCGGUGAAAAGAACAUUCUUGUCUUUGACCUUGGUGGUGGAACUUUUGAUGUCAGUAUCUUGACCAUUGACAAUGGUGUGUUUGAAGUUCUGUCAACGAACGGAGAUACCCAUUUGGGAGGUGAGGACUUUGAUCAGAGAAUCAUGGAAUACUUCAUUAAGUUGAUCAAGAAGAAGCACGGUAAGGACAUCAGCAAAGACAACAGAGCAAUUGGCAAGCUAAGGAGAGAGGCUGAGCGUGCCAAGCGAGCUUUGAGCAGUCAGCACCAGGUCCGAGUCGAGAUUGAAUCACUCUUCGACGGUGUAGACUUUUCCGAACCCCUUACCAGAGCGCGUUUUGAAGAACUGAACAAUGAUUUGUUCAGAAAGACAAUGGGUCCCGUUAAGAAAGCCAUGGACGAUGCUGGUCUUGAGAAGCGCCAGAUAGACGAAAUUGUUCUUGUCGGUGGAAGCACUAGAAUUCCAAAAAUCCAACAGCUCCUCAAGGAGCACUUUGAUGGCAAGGAGCCCAACAAAGGUGUAAACCCUGACGAGGCUGUUGCUUAUGGUGCUGCUGUACAAGGUGGAAUCUUGAGCGGAGAGGGAGGUGAUGAAACCAAAGAUAUUCUUCUCUUGGAUGUGGCGCCUUUGACCCUUGGUAUUGAAACUGUUGGAGGAGUGAUGACCAAAUUGAUUCCGAGAAACACUGUUAUCCCAACCAAGAAAUCCCAAGUCUUCACCACUUACCAGGACCAACAAACUACCGUUUCAAUCCAGGUGUUCGAGGGUGAACGAAGUCUCACAAAGGACUGUAGGUCGCUCGGGAAAUUCGAUCUCACAGGAAUUCCCCCAGCCCCAAGAGGAACCCCUCAAAUCGAAGUAACAUUUGAGGUUGAUGCAAACGGUAUUCUAAACGUGAAGGCAGAAGACAAGGCCUCUGGUAAAUCCGAGAAGAUCACAAUCACAAACGACAAAGGUCGUUUGAGUCAGGAGGAGAUUGAGCGAAUGGUGAAGGAGGCUGAGGAAUUUGCAGAGGAGGACAAAAAGGUCAAAGAAAGAAUCGACGCCAGAAACAGCCUCGAAACCUAUGUUUACAACAUGAGGAACCAGAUUAACGACAAAGACAAGCUAGCUGACAAACUGGAGGCCGACGAGAAGGAGAAGAUCGAGACGGCAACUAAGGAGGCACUCGAGUGGAUGGAUGACAAUCAGGCGGCAGAGAAGGAGGAUUUCGAGGAGAAGCUGAAGGAAGUGGAAGCAGCUUGCAACCCAAUUAUCACCGCUGUUUAUCAGAGGUCUGGUGGGGCACCUGGCGGCAAAACGGAGGACGAAGAAGAAGAAGACCAUGAUGAGCUGUAGAAGACUGUUUCUUUUUUGGUUUUUUAAAUUAGGUUUUGUGUUUCACUGAUGAGAGAGAAGUUAGUGAGAUAGAAAAUGACACUAAGACUUUUUUAUGCAUUUUAUAUGUUUUGCAAGAAAAGUUUUGAUGAGGAAUUAGUGAGGUUGAAGCAGCAGAGCAGGUUAUGCCAUUGCUUGCUGAUCUCCUUCCAUAUGUCUGUAUUUUGAUUACUUUCUCGAGGGAGAUGUUUGUUUUACCUGUAAUUGUAACACCUCUUUAUGUUUUAUGCUUGGUAAUGGACCUUUCCUUUUUCACUA